AUGCCUGAUAUCCCACCUGCAAUCGAGGCAUUCAAUGGUGUGAAAAUGAAGUUGGUAGAUAUUGCAUUUCCUCUUCUUAAAGGUGUUGUUGGUACAAGUGAUUUUGUGGAGGGUUGUACUAGGGUUAACAUUGCAAUAAUGGUUGGUGGUUUCCUAAGAAAGGAAGGAAUGGAGAGAAAAUAUGUGAUGUGUAAAAAUUUAUCAAUCUAUAAGUCACAAGCUUCUAUUUUUAAGAAGCAUACAGCUACAAACUAUAAGUACCUCGAUAUCAACCACACUACUGUUAAGACUCCAGUUAGGGAGAAACCUAUGCGAGAGCUUGUUAAGGAUGAUGAGUGGUUGAAUACAGAGUUCAUCAAAAUUGUUUAA